GUUUAUUUCCAAUUGUGAAUUUAACGGGACAGCGACUGUCAAUUUUGAAAAUUGUUAAAAUGCUCGAGGCGCGAUUGAGUCAAACUUUGCUGCUGAAGAAGGUCGUCGAUGCGCUGAAGGAAAUCAUCGCCCAGGGAACACUGGACUGCAGUGACAAUGGUCUGGAGCUGCAAUCGAUGGACAACUCCCACGUUUCGCUGGUGGCUCUAAGUCUGGCUUCGGAUUGCUUUGAAAAGUUCCACUGUGAUCGCAAUGUCUCGCUGGGCUUGGAUCUGAAAUCCCUGGGCAAGGUGCUUAAGUGCGCCAAUAGCGACGAUGCGGUCACCAUAAAGGCCGUUGACAGGCCGGAGAAGAUUACGCUCAGCUUCGAGUCGGAUGGCAAGGAACGCACGGCGGACUACGAACUGAAGCUCCUGAAUCUGGACCAGGACCACAUGGAGAUUCCGAAAAAGGACUACACCUGCUACAUCCAGUUGCCGUCGUCAGAGUUCGCGCGCAUUUGCCGGGACAUGAGCAUGUUCGACGAGUCCCUGACGAUCGCCUGCUCCUCGAAGGGCAUCAGGUUCUCUGCCAAGGGAGAUCUGGGCACGGCCAACAUACAGCUGAAUGCGGGCACCGCCAUGGACGUGAGCAUUGAGGUGCAGGAGCCCGUGACCCAGUCCUUCGCCGGUCGCUACCUCAACACCUUCACCAAGGCCACUCCGCUGGCAGAUCGCGUCAAGCUCUACCUGUCCGAGGAGCGUCCACUCCUGGUGGAGUAUCCCAUCGAGGAUUACGGCCACAUUCGAUACUACCUUGCACCCAAGGUGAAUGAACCCGAUUUCUAGCUGAAGCACUCCUGAAGCACUCCUUAUCAAAUUAUUGCAUAAAUUUGAGCGCAACUUAAAGCAUAAGGAAAGGGGAUUCGUUUAUUUUUAGGCAACAAAUACCAAAAAUCAUUUUUUUAAAGCUCAGUAUAAAAAUAUACCUAGUAAUAAAAAAUAUU